AUGGUUACUGGCAUCGAGGCUGCAGGGCUCGCUCUUGCAGUAUUGCCGCUCUUUGUGAAUCAGAUCGAUGGCUAUGUCCGUGGCAUAGAGAAGAUCAAAGGACUGAGACGCUAUCGACGGGAGUUUCAAGCCUAUUCAGUAGGCCUCCGCACCCAGCAUGCGAUCCUCCUGAACACGCUGGAACAAGCCUUGGAGGGAGUUGUGGAUGAUGAGGAUCAAGUUUCUGAGCUCAUCUGCAAUCCACAGGGCGAGGGUUGGAGAGACCCGGGUUUUCAGAAACGACUGCGCCGGAGGCUGGACCGAAAUUACGAGGUGUUCAUGGGAAAUAUGGCUGGUCUUUCGGAGUUGUUGGAACAACUAUCCCAUAAGAUGGAUAUUAAUGGAAGUGAUAUCCAGACACCCGCCACGGACGCCUGGAGGAAUUUCUUGAAACUCCGAAAGAUCAUCAGCAAGGCAGUAUACGACGACCUGCUUGUUAAAAUUGACGGAACAAAUACGAUCCUCAAGACUCUGGUCGACCAAUCAUUCUAUCUAGAGGAUACCAAGAAGAGGCGAAAGGGCUGGAACCACCUCCUGAAGCGGUAUCAAAAGGCCCGCAAGCAUGCCGACGGGCUGUUCAAAGCAAUCAUCGGAGGGAACUACUGGCGUUGCCAGUGCAAGACACACCAUUGUGUCCAUGUGCAGCUUCAAAUCAACUCUUUACAGAGUAUCGAAAAAUACCCGGAUAGAGACUCCGACGCCAGAUCCCAAUUUCAAAUGAUCUUCGCCAACACAAAGGAGGAUUUGGCAUGUCUGUGGACUUGGACGGAGGUCGUCUUCGAGCCUUGGCAGGUCGAAGAGACAGUCACGGUUCCAAGCUCUCGGCAUGACGAUCCCAAGUCCAAUGGCCAGAAGAAGCCCACCGUUCAGUUUCAUGUCCCUGCAGAAGACGUACGGCCAUUGGAAAAGCACAAGGAGGCUCUAUCGGCUCCACCAAUCGAGGACUUCUGUUCGUCUCUUUGCGUUGCUGAAUCGUACGUUGGGCGCCGCGAGAGCAUAGGUUGCAUCUCAAACCCUGGUGCCUCUGUUAGAUACACCAUGCAUGCCGUGAAGAAACUUCCGAAAUGCAUUCCGCAAAAGCCUCUCCGCGAGGUAUUGUCAGAUAUCAGUCGACGCGACCGCCUUCACAUUGCUACUGCUUUGGCAAGUGGUAUGAUUCAAAUGUGCGGUAACUGGUUGAAAUCCUGGUGGGAUAUCUCCGAUGUCUACCUGGCCGCCACAAGCAACGAUGAAUGCAAUGUAUCAUUGGAAAAUCUGUACCUGUCAUGGCCGGUGUCCACCACGUGCACAGUACCCGGGCCCGUCAAUGGUAGGUAUUCCCAUUCCGGAGAUAAUAGUCUAUUACCACUGGGGCUUGCGCUGGUGGAGCUGUCUCUUGGAAAACCCCUCCAAACAUUGUUGAAUCUGGAGGAUGGUGAUCAGGAUACACUGGUCGCUAGAUUCAAGACUGCAUCAUGGCUUGUCAACAAGGUGUACAAUGAGAGUGGAACAAACUAUGCCGAUGUGGUCAAUAGCUGCUUGUCUUGGUCUUCUCUCUGUCUCGAGAAAAGGUUCGAGGAGCGGGUCUUCGAUACCGUUGUGUCCCCGUUGCUGAAAGAUCUUGGCAACUUUGAGGGCUUAGCUUAA